AUGUUAAACUCAACGCGCAUUCAAAUUCUAGUACUGCUCUUCUAUAUAGUAGCAAUUUGUAGGCAACCGCACGUCAGCGGUUUCAAAAUCGAGGAUUGCAGGGUAUUGAAUGAAACGGCCAACGUCACGUGCUACACACCUGACAAGCAGCAAUUCAACAUCGAUUUUAGCAAUGAGGAGCACAUCAAGAUCUACAUCUUCCAGGACAAUGAGUCCGAUACUUCCACUAUAUUUCUAACAUGCCAAGGCAGUGAUGAGGAAGUCUUGCAUAUCAGCGAUAAUCUACCGAGGUUGUUAUUGGAGCGCGCCAGGCUUAUCACAAUAGAUGGCUGCUUACCUUUUGAGGGUAUAUUUAAGCGGCUUGGCCUCAGCAUAGGCACGCAAGUGAAGCUGCAACGUGGCGUUACGGAUGUGCCACUUAAGCGCGAAUACCUCAGCAGUCUAACGAAGGUCAAGAGUUUUCUGCUUGGCGGCUUCGAAGCGUUGGACGAGCAUGUGCUGGCAGAUUUUCAGGAUUUGGAGACACUCGAUUUGACGCGUAUUGAGACAGCGCUGCCAAGCGGUCUGCUGUCGCCAGUCAGCGCUCACUUAACGCAACUAAAUAUGCGCGAGAAUGGCAUGUCAAUGCCGACGAAGGGACUUUUUGCGUCGCUACAACAACUCGAUGCGCUCGAUUUGAGCUAUAAUGUAUUGACCACCAUACCGUCGGGCACCUUCGAUCAACUGUACAAUCUAACGGUGUUGGAUUUGAGCAGUAAUCACUUGAGUCAUCUGCCAGCUGACGCCUUCAAAUCGUUACGUAAACUCAAGCGUCUAUUCCUCUCUUACAAUCGCUUACAGCAAUUGGAGCCGAACACAUUUGCGACGCUCUCCGCUUUGCAGGAUCUCAAAUUGGAGAAUAAUACACUAGAUAUCGCGGCAUCCGUGGCCUGUAGCAUCUUCGAUGGACUCACGAGCCUAGAAUAUUUGGAGUUGAACAAUAAUUCGAUGAGCGUUUACUGUCUACCCAACAAUAUGCGCUCGGUGAGCGUGGACCUGUCAUUUAAUAGACUGGAAACAUUAUUGCUACCGCCUGGCGAGAGCGAGCCACGCCAAUUGGUCAACUUAAAUGUACGCCAUAAUCAGCUGCAGUAUCUGAGCGAUGAGACUUUGCAAUAUCUGCACGACUCACUUGCGCAACUCUCGUUGGCGCACAAUCCCUGGCAAUGCGAUACUGCGUCAUUCCUGUGGUUGGACUUUAUCAAACUCAAUAGCAGGCGUAUUUUGGACUUAGCGGAAGUGGACUGUUUCAAUGACAAUGCGUACUGGAAUGUAACCCUAUUCAAGUCCAGCAAUGUCUGUAAAUCAGUGACGUCACUCUAUUAUAUAAUCGCUAUUGCGGCUGUGUCUACACUGGCAGUGGCGGCACUGAUAGCGGCGGUGUUCUACAAGCGCAAGGCGAUAAAGAGAGUGGAUAAGUUGAAGAGCGCAAAGCAUGUUGAGAAUACGUACGAAAAUGUGGGAUAUCAGGUUGAUCAGAAUGUGUACUAA